UAACAGUAUUUCUCGCAGCUUAUUUCGAAGUUAACAUUUAUAGUUAAUGGAUAUGGGAAAUAGAAAACAUUUAAAGGAGAAACAUGCAACGAAAUCCUUAUAUUAAAAUAAAAACUCCUGUCGUGUAGCAGAGAUAAAAGCAAUUUGAAAAGGCUGACUGGCACCCAAGGCAUCUUGCAGUUGUCUCUAUCCGCCCCCGGGGCCAGGCUCAUAGGGAAUGAGGGGAUUCCCGGCAGUGCGACAGGGUGCAACAAUAGCAGCUCAUGUGACACUCACAAAGCCCCGUCGGCUCCAACACAUACUAUAGAGAAGUUGUGCGGUUCUAGUCUGAGGGGCCCAGAGCAGCCGAAACCCGUUGCGCGGGCGGGGGAAGGGGCAGACGGCUCAGAGCGAGGCUCCCGGCGGAGGAACAGGUGGCAGCGCAGCCAGUGAGGGGGAAGCCCACAGUCACAUCCAUUCAGGAAAGACCUGUAGCGCCGCUUUAAGUGGGGGUGGGAGAGAAUGUCCCAUUGACCCCAGAAAAGUCCAUACGCUCGGUGGUAUUACAAGUACUAUCCCAGGCCGGGGUUAUAUAAGCUAUAGCAACCGUCCCUUGCGUUACCGGAGCGCCACUGCCAGGGGCAGACAGGAGAGGCCAGAGCUCCGGAGAGUGAGGGGCCGCCCCCGGCAGGGCGCACAGACUGGGAGCAGGUUUAUGCUAAUCAGGACCGAGGGGAGGAGGAGGCGGAGGAGAGGGGAGCGGCGCUGAACCAGGGGGGUUGGAGCCAUUUUGAAAUCACUUUUAAACUUCCCGUGGGAUAAGAAGUGAAAUUGGGGCGAGCGGCCCUGAUGCCGCCCCUCAGGCCUCUGUGAGGAGAUGUGGGCGCUGAGUGUGUGUAUGACGGUGCUGGGGCUGCUUCAGCUCGCGGGGGCUCUGCAAGUUCACCUCUAUCCCGGGGGAGCCAACCUGUCCUUGGGAGCGGACUGGACUUACCUCCUGGAGAACAACUCAACGGCGAUUGCACUGAGCCACCUGGGAGAGCUGAGCUUGAUACCCGGGUCAGACUGUUCUCAUGUACCGCUUCCCGCAACCCUCCGUGUCACCUCCCGCUCUGACCGGACCGUCCUAUCCAUCCGCCUGCGAGUGUAUGUGCACCGGCCGGAGUGCCCUAUUGAGAGCCGGGGGGAGAGCGCGGGGGCCCGCGAGAGUCUCCCUGAUGUGGACAUUGAGUACAGAGCGGAGUAUAUGGCCCCCCGGUGUCCCCCGGAACUGCUGCAUAAGACUCAGGCACUUGUGGCCGCUCUACUGGGGGGGACCGGCUGUUCACUGUCUGAUUCCUCCAUUGUGCGGCGGACUGUGUGCGGGAGCUCAGGGGCAGCUGUGCCCAUCAUGUGUAGGGGCUCCUCGGAGCAGGUGCUGGUGCGGGUGAGGAGGAAGCUUCGGGGCAGACACAGGAGAAUAAAGAGGAGCACAAAUAGCAGCCCCCAGUUCCAACUCCAUAACUACCAGGCGUCGGUGCCGGAGAACGAGCCGGCGGGGACCCGGGUGACUUCUCUGCGGGCAGUGGAUCCGGACACGGGGGAGGCGGGCCGGCUGGAGUACUUCAUGGAGGCGCUGUUCGAUAGUCGCUCCAACGAUUACUUUGAGAUCGAUUCAGAGACGGGCACGGUGAGCACCAGCCAACCACUGGACCGGGAGACCAAGGACACUCACGUGCUCAAAGUAACGGCAACUGACUUCGGGUCCCCCCGGAGAUCCGCCACCACCUACCUGACCGUGACAGUCAGUGACACCAAUGACCACGUGCCGGUGUUCGAGCAGUCCGAGUACCGGGAGAACAUCAGGGAGAACAUAGAGGUGGGCUACGAGGUGAUGACUAUCCGGGCCACUGACGGGGAUGCGCUGUCCAACGCCAACAUGCUGUACCGGCUCCUGGGGGGCACCGAGGGGGCAUCUGCCGUGUUUGAGAUCGACGCCCGCUCCGGCAUUGUCCGCACCCGAGCACUGGUGGACAGGGAGGCGGUAACGGACUAUCAGCUCAUUGUGGAGGCGAAUGACCAAGGCAAGGACCCCGGUCCCAAAAGUGCCACGGCCACCGUGUAUAUCUACGUGGAGGACGAGAACGAUAACUACCCGCAGUUCAGCGAGAAGCGCUACGUGGUGCAGGUGCCGGAGAACAUCAGUCCCAACAGCCAGAUCCUGCAAGUACAAGCCACCGACCGGGACAAGGGCAACAACGCUAUCGUCUAUUACAGCAUCGUCAGCGGCAACAUCAAGGGCCAGUUCUACAUCCACUCGUUCACCGGCAACAUCGAUGUCAUCCACCCGCUGGACUACGAGGCGAUCCGGGAGUACAGUAUGAGGAUCAAAGCGCAGGACGGGGGGCGGCCUCCCCUCAGCAACACCACGGGCAUGGUCACAGUGCAGGUCGUGGACGUCAAUGACAACGCGCCCAUCUUUGUCAGCACCCCAUUCCAGGCCACCGUGCUGGAGAACGUGCCCAUUGGCUACUCGGUGGUUCAUAUCCAGGCCAAUGAUGCCGACUCCGGGGACAAUGCCCGCAUACAGUACCGGCUCACCGGCACCCCUCCCAAUUUCCCCCUUGUCAUCAACAAUAACACCGGCUGGAUUACAGUUUCCCUAGAGCUGGACCGGGAGGCGGUGGAGUUGUACACUUUUGGAGUAGAAGCCAGGGACCAGGGCGAGCCAGCCAUGACCUCCUCAGCCAGUGUCACCAUAACAAUAUUGGAUGUCAAUGACAACAACCCAACUUUCACCGAGAAGGCUUACCAUCUGCGCCUGAAUGAGGAUGCGGCUGUGGGGAGCAGUGUCCUGACCCUGACUGCUGUGGACAGAGAUGUGAACAGUGUGGUCACUUACCAGAUCACCAGUGGCAACACCAGAAACCGCUUUGCCAUAACCAGUCAGAGUGGGGGAGGACUGAUCACUUUGGCUCUACCUUUGGAUUACAAACAGGAGAGGCAGUAUGUCCUUACUGUCACUGCUUCUGAUGGCACCAGGUCUGACACUGUCCUAGUCUUCAUCAAUGUCACUGAUGCCAACACUCACCGGCCAGUGUUUCAGAGCUCCCAUUAUACAGUCAGUGUUAGCGAGGAUAAGCCCAUUGGCACCUCAAUAGUCACUAUCAGUGCCACAGAUGAAGACACUGGGGAGAAUGCUAGGAUAACAUAUACAAUGGAAGAUAACAUACCCCAGUUCAGGAUAGACCCAGACACAGGUACAAUCACCACCCUCAUAGAACUGGAUUAUGAGGACCAGGCAUCCUACACAAUAGCUGUGACUGCUAAGGACAAUGGCAUUCCACAGAAGUCAGAUACCACCUAUGUAGAGAUUCUGAUUCUCGAUGCCAAUGACAACAUGCCACAGUUCAUGAGGGACAGGUACGUGGGCUCUGUGUUUGAGGACGUACCACUUUCCACCAGUGUGCUUCAGGUUUCUGCAACAGACAGAGACUCUGGCCUUAAUGGGAGGGUCACGUACACUUUCCAUGGUGGGAAUGAUGGAGAUGGGGACUUUUACAUUGAGCCCACAUCAGGCAUCAUUAGGACUAACGCAAAGUUGGACCGAGAAAAUGUUCCUGUGUAUAACCUAAAAGCCUAUGCUGUUGAUAGAGGUAACCCUCCUCUAAAAUCCCCAGUGGACAUCCUCAUCACAGUAUUGGACAUUAAUGACAAUGCCCCUGUCUUCAAAAGUAAUGAAUUGGACAUAUAUGUAGAGGAGAACAGCCCAGUUGGGUCUGUUGUUGCCAGGAUCACUGCCACUGACCCAGAUGAAGGCACCAAUUCUCAGAUCAUGUACCAGAUAGUGGAAGGGAACAAUCCAGAGGUCUUUCAGUUGGAUCUCUUCAAUGGAGACCUAACUGCUUUGGUAGAUCUGGAUUAUGAAGUGAAGACUGAAUAUGUGAUUGUGGUGCAGGCUACCUCUGCUCCCUUGGUGAGCAGAGCAACUGUCCAUGUCAAGCUCCUGGAUAAAAAUGACAAUGACCCAGUGCUACAGGAUUUUGAAAUAAUCUUUAACAAUUAUGUGACUAACAAAUCCAAUAGUUUCCCCAUAGGAGUCAUUGGCAAAAUCCCAGCCUAUGACCCUGAUGUGUCUGACACUUUGCAUUAUAGUUUUGUUCAGGGGAAUGAACUAAACCUGCUUAUACUGGACCCUUCUACUGGAGAGCUCAAGUUGAGCCGGGAUCUGGACAAUAACCGUCCCCUUGAGGCACUGAUGAGGGUCUCAGUGACAGAUGGUGUCCAUAGUGUCACAGCACACUGCACCCUACGAGUGACCAUAAUAACAGAUGACAUGCUAACCAACAGUAUCACUGUGCGUUUGGAAAAUAUGUCACAGGAAAAAUUUCUGUCCCCUCUCCUAUCGCUGUUUGUGGAAGGAGUUGCAACUGUCUUAUCUACCACCAAAGAUGGCAUAUUUGUCUUUAAUAUUCAAAAUGACACUGAUGUCAGCUCCAAUAUACUAAAUGUAACUUUUUCUGCCCUGCUUCCUGGAGGAGUCCGGAAUAAGUUCUUCCACUCUGAGGAUCUCCAAGAACAGAUAUAUCUUAACAGAACUCUUCUAACCAUGAUCUCAGCACAGCGAGUGCUGCCUUUUGAUGACAACAUAUGUCUGAGGGAACCUUGUGAGAAUUACAUGAAGUGUGUAUCUGUUUUAAAAUUUGACAGCUCAGCCCCAUUUAUAAGUUCCAACACUGUAUUGUUUCGCCCCAUCCAUCCUAUCAAUGGAUUGAGAUGCCGGUGCCCUCCUGGAUUUACUGGAGACUACUGUGAAACUGAGAUUGAUUUGUGCUACUCUAAUCCCUGUGGCAAAAAUGGACUUUGUCGAAGCAGAGAAGGUGGUUAUUCUUGUGCGUGCCAUGAAGAAUAUACAGGAGAACAUUGUGAAGUGAGUUCCCGCUCUGGACGCUGCGUUCCAGGUGUCUGCAAGAAUGGAGGAACCUGUAUUAAUCUUCUGAUUGGUGGUUUCAAAUGUGAGUGCCCACCUGGAGAAUUUGAAAGGCCAUACUGUGAAAUGACCACAAGAAGCUUUCCACCACAGACCUUCCUUACCUUCAAAGGAUUACGACAGCGCUUCCAUUUCACAGUCUCCCUAAUGUUUGCAACUAGGGAGAGGAAUGCUCUGCUUCUUUACAAUGGGCGGUUUAAUGAAAAACACGACUUUAUUGCACUUGAGAUCAUUGAAGAACAGAUCCAGUUAACAUUCUCAGCAGGAGAGACCACUACUAAAGUCACCCCCUAUGUUGAAGGAGGAGUAAGUGAUGGACACUGGCAUUCUGUGCAGGUGCAGUACUACAAUAAGCCUAAUAUUGGAAGACUGGGGAUCCCCCAUGGACCAUCUGGAGAGAAGGUUGCUGUUGUGACAGUGGAUGAAUGUGAUACGGCUGUUGCAAUACGGUUUGGGAAUCUUAUUAAAAACUACACUUGUGCUGCUCAAGGGACCCAAACAGGUUCUAAAAAAUCACUUGACUUGACUGGACCACUGUUGCUGGGGGGUGUUCCUAACUUGCCUGAAGAUUUCCCAGUGCAGAACAGGCAUUUUAUUGGGUGCAUCAGGAAUUUAACUAUUGACAACAAACCAAUAGAUAUGGCAAGUUUUAUUGCCAACAAUGGCACGUUAGCAGGAUGUGCUGCUAAGAAGAAUUUUUGUGACACAAGUUUCUGUCAGAAUGGAGGGACAUGCAUCAAUAAGUGGAACACAUAUUAUUGCGAAUGCCCCCUUCAUUAUGGUGGGAAAAACUGCGAACAAGCAAUGCCUUUUCCUCAGCACUUCCAAGGAGAGGGAAUAGUGUUUUGGACUGAGCUGGAUAUUACAGUUACUGUGCCAUGGUUCAUUGGUUUGAUGUUCAGAACCAGACAAUCUAGUGGGAUGUUAAUGCAGGUGAAUGCAGGGUCCUCAUCAAGGAUUAACAUCCAGAUCUCAAAUAGUAACAUCCUGUUUGAAGUGUAUAGUGGCUAUAGCCGCAUUGCGAAUAUGAAGAUUACACAAACUCGUGUGAGUGAUGGAGAAUGGCAUCAUCUGCUUAUAGAGCUAAAAAGUUUAAAGGAUGGAAAAGACAUUAAAUAUGUUGCUAUAAUGUAUCUGGAUUACGACAUGUACCAGAGUUCAGUGGAGAUUGGUAACGAGCUUCCUGGAUUAAAGCUGAAGAGCAUCUUUGUCGGAGGUCUGUCCAGUAAAGACGGUGGGGUAGACCAAGGAUUCAGUGGUUGCAUGAAGGGAGUAAGAAUGGGUGAAACUUCAACAAAUAUAGCAACUCUGAACAUGAAUCAAGCUACAGUGAUCAAAGUGGACAGUGGCUGCAGUAUACACAACCCAUGUGAUGCCAACCCAUGUCCUUACAAUAGUGAAUGCAGUGAUGAGUGGAACAGUUAUACAUGUCAAUGCGAGCCAGGGUUCUUUGGGAGAGACUGUUUGGAUGUGUGCAGCCUCAACCCCUGUGAACAUGUUUCUACGUGUGUGCAAAAGCCUAGCUCUUCUCAUGGAUACACCUGUGAAUGUGGAGGAAGCUACUAUGGGCAGUACUGUGAGAACAAAGUUGAUUUACCAUGUCCAAGGGGCUGGUGGGGAAAUCCAAUCUGUGGGCCUUGUAACUGUGAAGUCAGUAAGGGCUUUGACCCUGACUGCAACAAGACAAAUGGAGAGUGCCGGUGUAAGGAAAACUACUACAGACCAAAGGAUAGUGACACUUGCUACCCAUGUGACUGCUUCCCAUCUGGUUCUUAUGCACGUGGCUGUGACAUGGAGACAGGACAAUGUCCUUGCAAGCCUGGAGUAAUUGGACGCCAGUGUAAUCGCUGUGACAAUCCAUUUGCUGAAGUUACUAAUCAAGGAUGUGAAGUGAUUUAUAACGGAUGUCCCAAAGCCUUUGAAGCUGGAAUCUGGUGGCCACAGACCAAAUUUGGCCAGCCAGCUGCUGUUCCAUGCCCCAAGGGAUCUGUGGGGAAUGCGAUCCGGCACUGCAGUGAGGAAAAGGGUUGGCUUCCUCCAGAACUCUUCAACUGUACAACCCUUAGCUUCUUGGAACUGAAAACCUUGAAUGAAAAGCUUCAUCGUAAUGAGACUACUUUGGAUGGCGAAAAGUCAAUACACAUUGCCAGAGUGCUACAGAAUGCCACUAACCAUACAAAAUCAUUCUAUGGCAAUGAUAUUAGAACUGGAUAUCAGAUGCUUGUGAAGGUGUUAAAGUAUGAGAGCCAACAGCAUGGAUUUGACCUUGCAGCAACAAGGGAUGUAGAAUUCAAUGAGAAUGUGAUAUAUGCUGGCAGUGCCAUAUUAGAUCACAAGAACAAACACCAUUGGGAACAGAUCCAAAGAACAGAGGCUGGCACUGCUCAUCUCCUCAAGCACUAUGAAGAUUAUGCUAAUAAUGUGGCCAGAAACAUGAAGAAGACUUACAUGAAGCCUUUUGUUAUUGUUGCACCAAAUAUAAUCAUUGCUGUAGACAUAUUUGACAAAGCUAAUUUCACUGGAGCCAAAGUCCCUGAAUUUAAUGAGAUACGUGAUUAUCCAAAAGAUUUGGAGUCUUCUGUGCUGUUCCCAGAUACUUUGUUUAAACCUCCUGAAAGAAAUGUUCUACCAACCUUCAAGCCAUCGAACCAGAAAAUUUCUAGUGACAAUGAUGAGUUUGAUCCCAACUUGUCAAAGAGGAAAAAGAGACAACCAGAUCCAUCAUCCCAGUAUGCAGUAGCCAUGGUGAUAGUGUACCGUUCCCUAGGGCAGUUACUACCAGAGAACUAUGACCCUGACCGUAGGAGUAUGAGGGUCCCCAAUCGGCCAAUAAUAAAUACUCCUAUUGUAAGCACUACUGUCCAUAAUGAAGGUGAACCACUGCCUACUCAGUUGGAAAAGUCAAUAAUACUGGAAUAUACUAUGCUGGAAACUGAAGAGAGAACUAAACCUGUAUGUGUAUUCUGGAACCAUUCAAUCAUAGCUGGAGGCAGCGGUGCCUGGUCUUCCAAAGGCUGUGAGCUUAUUUCAAGGAACAAGAGUCAUGUGACUUGUCAGUGUAAUCACAUGACCAGUUUUGCUGUGUUGAUGGACAUUUCCAAAAGAGAAAGUGGUGAAGUGCUUCCACUGAAGGUCAUCACUUACACGUCGGUGGCUGUCUCCCUAGUGGCUCUGCUUCUGACAUUUAUCCUGCUGGUUAUAAUUAGAACCUUGCGUUCAAACAUUCACAACAUUCACAAAAACUUAGUGGCUGCUCUCUUCUUUUCCGAACUGGUCUUUCUCAUUGGAAUCAAUCAGACUGAAAAUCCAUUUGUGUGUACAGUGAUAGCCAUCCUCCUCCAUUAUUUCUAUAUGAGCACCUUUGCCUGGAUGUUUGUGGAAGGACUUCAUAUCUACCGCAUGCUAACAGAAGUGAGGAACAUCAAUUCAGGCCACAUGAGGUUUUACUAUGUUGUUGGAUAUGGAAUCCCUGCCAUAAUUACAGGAUUAGCUGUAGGCCUGGAUCCUCAGGGAUAUGGGAACCCUGAUUUCUGCUGGCUGUCUGUACAUGAUACACUAAUCUGGAGCUUUGCUGGGCCCAUUGCCAUAGUGGUAACUAUAAACACAAUCAUAUUCAUAUUGGCGAUAAGGGCAUCCUGUGGACGGAGGCAACGGACAUUUGAGAAAUCUGGCGUUCUCUCCCUGCUGAGAACAGCCUUCCUGCUCCUCCUCCUGAUCAGUGCCACAUGGUUCCUGGGUCUUAUGGCAGUAAACAGUGAUGUCAUGACAUUCCAUUAUCUCUUUGCCAUCUUCAGCUGCUUACAGGGACUCUUUAUUUUCUUCUUCCACUGCAUCUUCAACAAUGAAGUCCGUAAGCACCUAAAGAACACUUUCACAGGAAAGAAAUCUGUUUCGGAUGAUACAGCUACAACAAGAGCCACUUUGUUAACUCAGCGCACUUUAAAUGGCAACAACACAUACAUGGAUGAUACAAACGUGUUUAGAACAGCAAUUGGGGAGUCCACAGCUUCUCUGGAGAGCACCGUCAGGUCAGCCAAGAGCCACAAUAGCUACCUUGCUUAUAUACUCAGGGAUGAAGCUGCCCAAAAGCUUAGUAUGUCUUCCGGUCAAACUCGAGCUGGCAUUACAGAAGCAGAUCCCUCAAUUUACCAUAGAAAUCCACGCUCUAAUCGCCAUGAUUCUGACACAGAUAGUGAGGAUUCCUCUGAUGAACACAGCAGCCUAUAUGCCUCCUCUCACUCCUCAGACAGUGAGGAAGAUGGGAUUGAAACAGAGAAAAAAUGGAAGUCAGCCAGCCCUAAAAACAAUGAGAGAGGCCCUGUCCACAGCACUCCUAAAGUUGAAUCUUUUUCCAAUAACGUUAAACCCUACUGGCCUGCUGACUGCAUGACUGCCAGUGACAGUGAGGAUCAAGGUGGAAAGUCCAAGCUGAAAGUAGAGACUAAAGUGAAUGUAGAGCUUCAUAAUGAUAUCAAGGCAAAUCACUGUGGAGAGGCACAACAGGACAAAGAGAAUGAAGCAAACAACAAGGAGAGCAAAUUGUCCUCCAACCACAAUAAUCAUCAGCCUGAACUCCGAAAAGGAAUACUAAAGAACAAAGUCACAUACCCUCCGCCGCUCACAGACAAAAACCUCAAGAACCGAUUGCGUGACAAAUUGUCUGACUACAAUCAGUGUACAAUCUCCUCAAGGACUUCUUCUCUGUGCUCCAAUGAUGGCGUUAGGCCACUUACAGACUGUGGGGUAACUAUUAAAAAUCCGCGAAGGGAUCAUCCCCGAGAGCAAGUCAAUGGUGUAGCCAUGAGCAUACAGACGGGCCCUUUGAAUGCAGAGACCUCGGAUUCCGAGUAUGUAUCCCAAUGUUAUGUGCAUGGGUAAAUGCUGGGUAGCUGCAAGUGCCCUGUAUUUGGUAGUCCAAGGAAAUACAUGUCAAAAUUACCAUUUGGUCGAUUUCAAAAUUGGUUCUUUGAUUACUGUAUGUACAAAGAAAUAUCGUUGACACAUGAACAAUGAAUUAGGGAAAAAUUGCUGCCUUUUAUGGACCAAAUGACUUGCACCUAUUAGUGGAAUAUGUUGCAUGAGUGAGGAAAGGCUUCCCAUGUAGCAGUGGCAGCCUAGUUACAGUACUCCCUCUUUAUACCCUUGCCUGCUGCCAGAUAAAUUCUAUUGAUAAAUUAAAAUAUAUAAGUUCCAUUGCAUUAAUUUGACCUUCUUCGUAAUUCCAGCUUUGACAUCAAAGCAGGCAGUAUAUUGAGGGAGCACUGUAGACUAUUAUAGAUGGAGCAGGAUGUUUAUUUUCUUCCUUGGUGCAUGAAUAUCAGUGCAUGGUAACUAACACUGAGAGCUUAGUGGAUGGCAUAUGUACCUAACCCUAAUCCUGCAUGGUCCCUUCUUUCACGAACAGCGGCAGUAAUGAAACUUCAAUUUGAAUCAUCAGGAAACCAUGACGUUGGCUGCGGAAGAGGGAUAUCAGUUUGGACUUCCAUUCCAUCUUGGAUUCAAUGGAAUAGGCCCUUGUAGAAUGGAUCAUUGCUAAGGCAAUUGUGUAAUAAUGGCAGACUUGUGACUGCUUCCAAACAAAGAGAUGUCAAAGGAUAAGAUAAGGAUACAGACUCCAAAGCACAUAAUUCUGCAGCAAGUGCCAAAUUGUAUCAAAAUAAGUGAGGCUCCAAUCCCUUGAGCAGACGGGCAUUAAGCUGGUAAUAUCAGAAAGAACUGGCAAAUACUGCAAGCCUUACACCUUUAGAAGAGUCUGCAUAGUGGAGCCAUUCAAUCAAGUGACUUGUAGAUGGGUGUAAAUACAACAGAUCUUGUAUAUUGAAAUCAGCCUUGUGCAGGAAAUCCUCGGACAUGGGUGCCAUGCAUGCUGAUUGGAUUCUUCUCUGUCACAAUGUGACCUUCCAGCCUACUGUACAAUGAACCAAGGAAUACCACUACAUCAAGUGCCCUUCUCUCAUCCACCACACUCUUAAACAGAUCAGUUUAUAAAUAUACAGAUUGUAGAUACUUUUUAUAUAUUUUGUAUGGGACUCUUUCAAUGGAAAAAGCUCUUUUGUAUAUUUUACAUUAGUACUAGUUUUAUUUGUUAUAAGUUUGAAAAAUAUUUUUUUAUUACAUUGCACAUACUUUACUUGAAUUGUGUGAUCUACAGAAAAAAAGGAUUCCCGUCAUAAAUCUCACUUAAAUGGUUAAAUAGACUAGGAAAAGCCAAACAUGGUCAAUGCAAAGUUAAGAACUGAUGGAAUGUACAGUUUUCAUUUUGGGACAUAUCUGCAGGAAUCGUAGUUACAAAUUGAGAACAGUAUGUGAUGGUUCCGUGAGCAUGUAUAGGACAAACAACCCCUUAUUGCUCUACAGAGGCCUGAAACCCUCAUCCCAUCAAUUUGGACAGAAAUAUGCAUAGUUCAGGCCAGCCAAGGAUGCUAAAAAGCCAUUUGCAGACUUUUAGGGACAAUAAAGUUUUCUUUAUUCAAAGCAGACAUUGGAAAAUUAGAACAUCAGCGAUCUGUAGAUAUUUUGCACAUUGUAGUUAAUAAUGCUGACCAUAUGUCACUUGGCAGUAAGUUCUCCUACGCCGUCCAUAUCUCUCUGGCAUUUUCUACACUGUGCCACACAAUUAUUCUGGGGGGGGGGGGGCAUUUAUUAAACAGGAGCUUUUAGAUGAAAAGAAUGGGCAGUAGAAUUUCACCUGAUUUUCAAAUAUUUAUUCCUGACAUAAUGAGGAGUUUCAGGCCAAAUUGGCUGCAUUUAUCAGAUGGACUGUUGGAAGGAUAUUUUUCUAUUUUGUGUAUCCUUUAGUCAGUCCCUAACUCUUUGAGCCUGUGCCACAGAGCCUUUAUAUCAGUGACCAAUCCCACCCUCUUCUUUCAACAUGUGCCCCAUUAAUACUGUAUGUGUAGUUUUAUGAUCCAAUGCUUUUUUUUUUUUACCAUUUUACAAUAUCUUUAUCUAUAUAUAUCCAUUGGGUUAUGUUGGUUGGUGUUGCCCCGUCCCUGAGAUAUGUAGCACGGGCUCUCUUUCAUUGUGCCUUACAAUCCCAAAUAUCUGUAAAGGGAACCUUCACCCCAAACGUUCCAUUCAUUGUGGCCUUUUAAUAAGUGUUCCUAUUGUCCAAUUUGCAAAAAAAUUAUUUUUAUGAAAAGACUAUGAUGGCAAAGGUCCAUACACUGGAAUAUAUUUAUUAAUGUACUUUGCAAAGACUAAAAAAGAUGGGAUGAAAAAUUAAAAAAUGAAUUUCUAA